AUGGUUGCAGCCGUCAUCACCGCCGUCAUUACUGCCACAAAUCUGCCAACCAACCGCCUGCCCAUCUCCCGCCAUGGACCGUCGAAGAUGAAGAGGGACCUCCACCACGGCUGGGAACCGACCUGCGUCGCCAUGGCCAAGUGCGACAUGUGCUCCCGCGCCGGCCGGGGCGUCAUAUACAAGUGCGCCCAGUGCAAGCUGUCCACCUGCCGGGAGUGCUGCGAGACCGGCCAGCUAGACGGGGACUCGAGACACGUCCUCGACGCCGACAGCGUGAGCUGGGACCCUCCACCCCGGACCAGCAAGCGCACCGGCCUCGCCUCCAUCCCCCCCUCCCCCUCCAAGGUCACCAGACGCGGGGCAAGGAAGGUGACCACGAGGGCUAGCAGGGGACAGCAAGCUUCUGCUGCUGCGGUUGCCGCUGCUGCUUCCACCUCCGCUCCCGCUUCCACUUCUACCUCUACAGCCCAGCACCUGUCCACUCCCCCCGAGGCCACAGAUGACGACGAUGACGAUGACGGUCGUGACCGUGAUGGAACAUGGGAACCACCGCCAUCAUCCAACCCUCCCCGUCUCAGAAUCAGAUCAGGAGGCGCUGCAGCCGUUCACGCCGUGGUGGGAGGAGGGCAGACACCAGAUAGGAACGACGACACCCUCGCCCGUCGUCCAAGUCAUGACGUCUCCGUGCCUCCCCCUAACAGGACGCAGAUAUCCGACACCGGCCCGGACCACGGCACCAGGAACACCUUCCUGCCCGGACCAUACCCGUACUCCCUAGACAGACGUCACCGUUACCCCCCCGGUCGCUUCUCACCUUAUACGCGUCCUCCCACCUUCCGGAAAACGCUCCACGACAGCAACAACCACGACAGCGAUGACGACCAGACGACCAGACCGGUGAUCCGCCUCCCCUCUAUCCGAUCGCUGUUCAGCCAACCCUUCUAUGACCGUCCCCACCAGCCAUCUCCGCGUCAUGUCCUCGCCUCCCAUCUCGCGUCGUCCACGUAUACGAGCUACAUGGACAGCCCGGCCAGGUCAGUAGACAUGUGUCUGCGGCACGAGCUGCUGGCCCUGUGGGCGCGUCACCUGGUCGCCGUGUCGGGUCCCGCCGCCGCCGACGAGGCCCUUUCCCUCUUCUCCGAGGCUACGACGGAGGCUGCCCUGCGCCUCGGCCUAGAUCCCCUCAGGAACGGAGCCAGGGACUGGUUGGUCGAGAUGGAUGCUCUGGUCUCUCAGGUCGCGAAGGCUAGGGGCACGGGCAUUUGA